AUGCAGUACGAGGAGCUCCAGAGCAACGAGGUGCUUGCAUUACAGGCCAUCUACCAGGACGACUUCAUCGAGAACAAGGGCUCUCAUGGCGCCUGGAAAAAGUCAGAGCCAACUUUUCAGAUUCGCAUCAGCUCUCCUUCUGAUGAGAGCAUACGAGUAACCUUGGGCGUUGUGCUGGUGGCUACCUACCCAAAGUCGCCCCCAUUGCUCAGCUUGAGCGACCAUGGAAAUCUUCGAGAAGCAACCCUUUUCAAGAUCCAAAAGUUUGUCGAGACCCAGCCCAAAAUCUUCGCCAAGGAGGAACAAGAGAUGAUUUUCCGCAUUGUCGAAGGCGUCCAGGAGAUUCUACAGGAAGCCGCCGAAGCCAAGGCAGCUGGAAAGGCUCUCCCAACCCUCGAAGAGGAACGCGCAGCCCACGCGGCUGCUACGGCCCAACAAGAGAAGCAGCUCAAGGAGCAGGAGGAGAAGAAGAGGAUGGAGGACUCCAAGGAGGAGGAUCGCGUUCUUCACGAGAUGCUUCAGGAGGAGCUCAAGCGCAAGCGCGACAAGGAGAAGGAGGCGAGGCGCAAGAGCCGACCCGUCGGUGUUUCCUUCACCUUGCCUAUCGACGAUGCGCAAGACGCCGAGGCCGAGGUCAUCGCCUUCGAUCAGCCCUGCUCACUGACGGAUGCCAGGGGCCACAUCAGCAUGUUCAACGCUGUCAAUAGCAAGGAACAUUUCCUUCGUGGUCCUACCACCAUCGUCUACGAAGUUCGUCCUGUUCUGCCUGCAGGUCAGAAGCGACCACGGCUCGUCUUGAAGCAGGUGAGAGUCCACGCGGCUGGCAAGGAGCAGGCCCAGUUCAGGAAGCAGCUCAGAGCACUCGAGUCUCAACUGGAAUCCAUGAAGCAAGUGCGACACCAGGCAAUCAUCGAAGUGCUUGACUACAGACUUGAUCGUAUGGAUGUUGCCAAUGAUGAUGUCAAUGCUAUGAGCUGGAACGUCAUGGUACUGAGUCCGCUUGCUGAGCCAGGUUCGCUGGAGACCUUAUUGAGAACGUUUCCCAUGGACGUCAACAGGGCUCGCAGCUGGACAGUCAGCCUUCUCGAUGCCCUCAGCUGGCUCCACACCCGAGAUAUCAUCCACCAAGACAUCCACCUGGCCAAUAUCCUGAUCGUCACGAGCUCCACAGGUGAUAUGACCCCCAAGCUGGCAGACAUUGCAUACCAGAGAGAGCUACACAACCUCACCACAGCCAAGACGGCGACUUCUAUGACUGAUGCAAGAUCUGCUUACUGGUUUCCCCCAGAGAUUGCAGCGGCUUCGGACCCUCAGUAUACCCAGAAGACAGACAUCUGGGACUUUGGAGUCGUCUUUCUACAAAUGUUCCUGGGCGUCGACGUGGCCCAGAAACACACCUCGCCUGACAACCUCAUGACUUCCUCCCCUCUUUCGCGUCCAUUGGAGGAGUUGGUCUCGUACUUCUUCACGCCCGAUCCGAAGAAACGACCUCGAGCCUUCGAGCUUAGCACGAGUGAAUUCCUGGCAACUGACGCUCCCAUCUUCGAGCAGCAAGACCCGGAUGCUGACACCAGCAAUACGUUCGCCCCAUUGCCCUCGCUGACACCCACGUUCAGCCGGCCGAGGCACGAUUCCUUCACCACGCGUGGCCCCUUCACAUCAUCAAGAUAUAAGGAGGACUUCGUGGAAGAGGGCAGACUUGGCAAGGGAGCCUUUGGAGAGGUGGUCAAGGCCCGCAAGAAGCUGGACGGUCAGAUCUAUGCUAUCAAAAAGAUCAGCCAACGGUCUCGCGAGGGAUUGACGGAAGUCUUGAAAGAAGUCCGCGUGUUGUCUCAGCUGAGCCAUCCCGCUGUUGUGCGGUAUUUCAAUACUUGGCUUGAAGAGAGCCAUGAUUCGUCCGAUUUCGAAGAUACCUCGACCGAUGUCGACACUGCAGAACUCUCCCAGGGAGCUACCUCGGAUUUUAAUGUCCACUUCGAAGAGAGCCAGGGUGGUCUAGAUUUCAUCUCAUCCAGCCGCCAUGGGCCCGGAAUAACGAUCGAGUUCGAGCAAGCAGACAGUGAAGCAGUGGAGGACGAAGAGGACGAUGACGAUGACGAGGAGGAUGAUUCGGAUGAAGAUGACGAGGAGGAUUCGGACGAGGACUCGGAUGCCGGAAACAGACUGAACGUGCUGAACCAAAAGCGUGAGCGUCGACUGAGCCACAGGCCUUUCCGGACAGUUCUGUACAUUUCCAUGGAGUACUGUGACAAGCGAACCCUCCGCGAUCUUAUCACCAACGACCUCCUGACAGACAAGACCGAAGUCUGGCGGUUGUUCCGUCAGAUUUUGCAAGGUCUGGCGCAUAUUCAUGGUCUCAACGUUGUCCAUCGCGAUCUCAAACCAGACAACAUCUUCAUCAGCGUUGGCCCGGAUGGCGUUAACAACGUCAAGAUUGGCGACUUCGGACUUGCCAGCAAGGGCCAGAUUGCGGCCAUUCAGGCAGGCCAGCCUACGUCAGAUCCAGCGGAUCAAACCAGGAGCAUAGGCACGGCAGUGUACGUCGCCCCUGAGGUCAGGUCAGGCGGUACCGGCCAAUACACCACUAAGGUCGACAUGUACUCGCUUGGUAUCAUGUUCUUCGAGAUGUGCUAUCACCCCAUGCUGGGUAUGGAGCGAGCGCUAGUGCUAGAGGGUGUCCGCAAGCUGCAUCCUAUUAUGCCUUCGGAUUUCGAUCUCGGAACUGCGCAGGCAGAGAUUAUCCUAGCAUUGGUGGUCCAUAAUCCAAAAGAGCGCCCAUCGAGUGCCGCGCUCCUGGAGUCUAACAAACUCCCCGAUGAGAUGGAGAGCGACACUGUUAGACGUGCCAUCGCCGCCAUCACGGACCCGAACUCGGCGUUCUACCCGAAGGUGUUGUCCACAUUGUUUUCCAUCAAUGUGGACCAGGCGAAGGACUUCGCCUACGACCUCAAUGAUCAAUCUCCGAGCACCAGGGACUAUCUUUACCGACGAAUUGUCAAAGAGACCCUCGUGUCUAUUUUCAGAACACAUGGAGCUCUUCAGGUUCCACUGGCUAGCAUCUACCCGUACUCAUCCAACUACUCCAACGCAGUCAAACUGCUGGAUGACGGCGGUGCCUUGUUGCAGCUUCCUUACGACUUGAUGAUGGGCUAUUCUCGGAUGUUGGCCAAGGUUAAGAACCCCAUCCUAGGCUCUGCAUACUCGUUCGGAAGUGUGUUCCGAGAGCAGCAUGCUGGUGGCCAGCCAUCCGAGUUUGGAGUUGUUGAUUUCAACGUGGUCACGACCGGUGCCUUGGACCUGUCUCUCAAAGAAGCCAAUGUCCUAAAAGUCAUCGACCAGAUAGUCGAUGCAUUCCCUGCACUUUCCAAGAGCCAGAUGGUUUUCCACAUCAACCACUCUGACCUGCUGCAACUCAUCUUCGACUUUUGCGGCGUUGAACACUCUGCCAGACGUGCCGCCUCAGAAGUCCUCAGCAAGCUCAACAUUCAGGACAUGACCUGGCAAAAGCUCCGCGGUCAGCUGCGGUCUCAGUCGUGCGGUGUCUCAGCGACCAGCGUCGACGAACUGCAGCGAUUCGACUUCCGAGACAACCCAAGCAAGGCUUUCUCGAAGCUCAAGUCCUUGUUUGAGACCACCGACUACUACCAAAAGGCUGCCUCCACCAUCGCUCACCUUAAGGAGGUCAUUGAGUACUGCAAGAGCUUCGGUGUCAAAACUAAGAUCUACAUCACGCCACUGCAUUCCUUCAAUGAAGCAUUCUUCAGAGGUGGUAUGAUGUUCGCCUGCGUCUGGGAUAAGAACAAGAGGCAGGUCUUUGCCGCCGGUGGUCGCUACGACAGCCUCAUCAAGGAGCACCGACAGAAGGCGGGCAGUAGCUCCCUGAGCGACAGACGCGCCGUCGGAGUCAGCUUCGCUUGGGAGAGACUGGCACAGGUGCCUGCUAAGAGCAGCAGCAAGGCUUCUUCAAAGAAGGCCGCUAAGGAAGGGCUCAACCUCUUCAAUGAGAAGGUCUAUGAUGUCCUCGUAGCAAGCUUUGACCCGGUCAUCCGGAAGACCACGGCGCUCCAGGUACUGCGGGACCUCUGGGAGAGCGGUAUCAGUGCUGAGCUUGCCAAUGAUGCCCGGUCUUCUGACGAGCUAAUUCCGGACAAGACAGAGGACCAACCCGCCUGGAUGGUAAUCGUCAAGCCUGAUGUUCUGAAGAUUAAGUCGCUCUGGUCCAAGGAUACACCCGAGGCCGACAUUCCGACCCAGCAGCUGGUGACCUGGCUUCGCACAGAGAUGCGUGAGCGCGACUCGUUCCUUAAGGUCACCGCCACCAUGGCUCGAAGCCGUCAUGGCCUCGGCACCUCUGAUACCAACAACUCAGCAGGUGACAAUUCUUCGUUUUCUGGACCACACCACAACGGCCAUCAGCAAGAUGUCCGUGUGCUCACUGGACAGACUAAGUCCAAAAAGUUCAACCGGCAGACGGUUGUCGAGCAGGCACACAACGCCGCCUCGAAACUCCUUCAGGAGUUCCGCAAUGGCCCCAUUGCGGCCAUCGAGACGAGUGACGCGGUCCUGCAAGCAAUCAAGGGCACUUCACUGUCUCAACCCGAUACCUGGCGCAAGCUGGAUGUCACCAAUGUCGAGAAGAACUAUGUGAGGGAUGUGCAGGACAUGCUGACGGAGUUCCGCGAUGGCGGAGCAAGGGAUGCUUUUGUUUACAACUUCCGCACUGGAACUUGUGUUUACUACGAUCUGAAGGCCUGA